GAAGAAGAGUGAAGUACAUGCAUAAGGAAGUAUUGUUGUAUCACUCAUGUUGAUUUUGCCAAUACAUCUAAAGUCCUGGCUGAGUAACGUUUUGUUCAACACUUAUAUCUGCUUCUCCACAUCGCACAGAGAUUGGGAUUCACCCCUGCAGUGAAACCACUACUACAGCAAUUUACCAAUAAAUGUUGUGAUUAUUUCCAUCACCCUACUAGUGAAGAGAAGGGGAAAAAAAACUCUGUCUUACCGAGGAACUCUACUGAAAAAUGAAUUUUGUUAAAGUGGAGAGUGAAGACAUGUGUGAUCCAGAGACACGCCAAAUUAAAAAUGAAGAUAAUAAGGAACAAAGAGACUUAAAAGAAGAAAAAGAAGAUAAUCAAGAACUGAAUGAUGUGGAGGAAAAUCAGUUCCAAAAUUUAGAUCAUUUAAUGACUAGAGAAGAAUAUUUUAGUGGCUCAAAGACUGAAAAAUAUUUCUCACAGAAAAGAACUCCAAGAAUAAGAGCAAAAAAUUCUUUCACUUGCUCUCACUGUGGAAAGUGUUUUGCACGAAAAGGAAACUUUAAUGCUCACUUAAAACUUCACAAUGGAGGGAAGCCUUUCACAUGCCUUCAAUGUGGAAAUGGCUUCAUAUAUAAAAGAAACCUUACAACUCACAUGAAAAUCCACUCUGGAGAGAAACCCUUCACCUGCCAUCAGUGUGGAAAGUGUUUCACAUAUAAAGGAGAUUUUAAGCGACACGCGAGAAUUCAUACUGGAGAGAAACCUUUCACCUGCCAUCUAUGUGGAAAGAGUUUCACAGAAGGAAGAAACCUCACACUUCAUCUACGCUAUCAUUCUGGAUUAAAACCAUAUAACUGUGAUCAGUGCAGCAAGGCAUAUACGCGUGCAUCACAGCUAAAGCUACACAUGACAAGUCAUGCAAAUGAAAAGCCGUACGUGUGUUCUUUUUGUGGAAAGAGUUUCAUUACAUCAACAAACCUUAAAACACAUGAGCGAGUGCAUACUGGAGAGAAACCAUACCACUGCACUUCAUGUGGGAAGAGUUUCAACCAUUCAAGUAAUCUACGGACUCAUCUAAAAAAGCAUUGUCCAAACGUGUCAAAUAUUGCAAAAAUGCAGUUUGUUAAAGAGGAGAGUGAAGACAUGAGUAAUCCAGAGUCACACAGAAUGAAAAAUGAAGAUACUGAGGACCAGAGAGACUUGAUUGAAGUGAAAGAGGAAAGUCAAGAACUGAAUGAUGUGGAGGAGAAAAAUCUGUAUCAAGAAUUCGAUAAUUUAAUGACUAGAGAAGAAUGUUUUAGUGGCUUAAAGACUGAAAUUAAUUUCUCAAAGAAAAUAACUCGAAGGAUAAGAGUCAAAAAUAAUUUCACAUGCCUUCAAUGUGGAAAUAGUUUCUUGUAUAAAAGAAACCUUAAGACUCACAUGAAAAUCCACUCUGGAGAGAAACCCUUCACCUGCCAUCAGUGUGGAAAGAGUUUUACAUAUAGUGGAGAUCUUAAGCGACACACAAGAAUUCACACUGGAGAAAAGCCUUUUGCCUGCCUUCAAUGUGGAAACAGUUUCCUGUAUAGAAGAAACCUUAAUAUUCACAUGAGAAUACACACUGGAGAGAAGCCUUUCACAUGCCAUCAGUGUGGAAAGAGUUUCACAGGGAGAGGAGGUUUUAAGCGUCACAUGAGAAUACACACUGGAGAGAAGCCUUUCACAUGUCACCAGUGUGGAAAGAGUUUCACAGAGAGAGGAGAUCUUAUAAAUCACAUACGACUUCACUCAGGAGAGAAGAUGUUUACAUGCCUUCAAUGUGGAAAUAGUUUCUUAUAUAAAAGAAACCUCAAGACUCACAUGAAAAUCCAUUCUGGAGAGAAGCCCUUCACCUGCCAUGAGUGUGGAAAGUGUUUCACAUAUAAAGGAAAUCUUAAGACUCACAUGAGAAUUCACACGGGAGAGAAGCCUUUCAUAUGCUCUCAGUGUGGAAAGAGUUUCACACAAACAGCCCAUCUCACAAUUCAUUUGCGCAAUCACUCCGGAUUAAAACCAUUUAGCUGUGAUCAGUGUGGUAAGACAUAUACGCGUGCAUCACAUCUAAAAGUACACAUGUUAAGUCAUACAAAUGAAAAGCCUUGCAUGUGUUCUUUUUGUGGAAAGAGUUUCAUUACAUCAGCACAUGUGAAAAUCCAUGAGGGAGUGCAUACUGGAGAGAAACCAUACCACUGCACUUCAUGUGGGAAGAGUUUCACCCAAUUAAGUAAUUUACGGACUCAUUUAAAAAAGUGUUGUUCAAAAUUGUCAAAGUGAGCCAAGUUAAUUUCAGGUGCAACAGUUUCUGUGACUAGAGCUAUGAAAAUGAACCUGUUAG